AUUCGCAGUCUUGUCCUCUUGCCAGUCUAAGUAAAAUUUAUUAAUUUUCAACAACAGAGGGCGCUUCAUUUAACGCUGCAUUUUUUUUUUGCAGUGGACGAGAACGAUAAGAAUGGAGAAAAGGCAGUGGGUUGUUUUCAUAGCAACAGGACUCUUUCAUUGACACAAACAGAGUUUUGUACGUCGAUAAUGGAUUCCUUCUCAGAUUUAUCAUUGUCUGAUCCGGCAGACAACGGAGCCUCCAGCGAAGAUGAGAAACCUAACCUCCAAGGCUUGGGUCUAAAGAUCGUUGACAUUCCCACAGAGAAUGGUAGCAGCUCCUCCAGCAAGCAGAGAAAGCGUAACGGAGAAAACUACAGCAAUGAUAACUUCUCUGACGAUGGUUCUGAGCUUUCCUCACAACGAUCCGAGAGGUCAAGGUCAUCCCCAAGCAGACGAAAGAAGAAGCUACACAAGCUAAGACUGAAAGACGGAUCAGUCGUCGUCUUGAAUCCCCCGGAAGAACUUCUGAAGAGAUCAGAAAGUAAAGCAAGGAAGCACGCUGGUCUUGGUGAGGUCGAACCAGCUCUCCAGGAGUACAUCCGCUGCACCGCCCUCUGUCGUCUUGUGUAUGGAGACGGACACUGGAAGUUAGCCGAGAGUCACACCAACCUUGCGUAUGCUUACCUCACACUCAAAGACUUGGUUCCCCAGGCUCAGUACCAGGCAGAAGCAGCUAAGAAGAUCAUGCUAAGCGGACUCCAUGCAUCGGACUCCAGCGAGUCUAAAGCUGACCUCCUGGCCAUACUGGUCAAAAUGUACUACGUCCUUGGUCGUAGUAACACCAUCAAUAACAAAUACCCUGAGGCAGAACAGUGUCUUGUGAAGGCAGACAAGGUGUCUGAAGAAAGAGCUAAGCUGACUAGCACAGUAGGAUCAGAACAGCAACAGAUGGCAAUCUACAUCGCCAUCGCUAUGGGAAAGUUAUAUGCCAACCAGAACAAGCAGGCCCUUGGCGCUAGCUACUAUGAGAAGGCUGUACGACUUACAGAGAAACACAAUGGCUCAGACAGCUUGGAACUUAUUCCAAUAUACCAAGACCUUGGCAAAUUGGAGCAGAGUAAAGGGAAGCACGCUAAUCAUGACAAGGCUGUCGAGUACUACCUUCAGGCCCAUUCAAUCACUGUAGCAAGAUACAGUGGGCAGAGUGAGGAGGUUGCCGAGACAGCCUUUAAGCUGGCUCUGGCUUACUCUGAGCAAGCCUCGGCUGAAGCAGAAACUACAGCUGAGAGAUACCAUGAUGAGAGUCUGGGUAUCAGACAAGUGUUAUAUGGACCGCAUCAUCCAAAGACAAUCAGUACACAAGAGAGUCUUUGUAAACUUCUCAUCAGAACGGACAGACUAGAGGAAGCAGUUUCAUUACUAAAGACCAUCAUGUCAUCCAAGUGCGCAACUUACGGUGAUUUCAGCGAUGAGGUUGGAGAAACGUAUAAGUUGUACGGCUCCAUCUUACUGUCUCAAGGACAGCUUGAUAAAGCCAUGAGGUACUUCAAGAAGUGCUACAGCAUUCAAAGCAGUUUGUACGGCCCAAGCCACAGGAAAUCUAAAGCAACACAACAAACCAUAGACAUGCUGCUGCAAUCGCCAGCGUUGAAGGCAAAGGAAGGACAGAGCAAGGCAGGGCAGCUCAAGAACCGUCCAAGAUUCUCAGCUACUAUCAAGACGAGUUCGGAACCUGGAGUUUCUAGCAUUAAUACUUCAGGUUACUAGGGAAACCUAUCAAACUUUUCAAAGAGCAAGACUCUAGCUUUAGCUUCAACUCUAUUAUGGUCUCCCUUCACCCAUCGAAAGGCCAGUGAGAAACUGACAGCCAUUCCAAUAUGUACAUAAACACUUCAAAUUCAAUGAGGCAUUUCUUAACAGUUGGGAAGGUAGUGCAUUCUGCUCUACCAGCCAGGCUCCUACUGGCUGAUACAAAUGCCUACAUGUACAUCCUC